AUGCUGUUCAUCCUGUUUUUCGUGGUGUCACUCUCCCGGGGCCAAGGAGGGCAUCCUUUUCUACCAUCACCCCCGACUUCAACAAACUCCCUCAAGUCUGAGGUGUGGCUGGACGCUGCCACUCAGAUCUUCUUCUCCUAUGGACUGGGUCUGGGUUCGCUCAUCGCCUUGGGAAGCUACAACUCCUUCAACAACGAUGUGUACAGGGACUCCCUCAUCGUGUGCUGUAUAAACUCCUUCACCAGCAUGUUUGCGGGCUUCGUCAUCUUCUCCAUUGUGGGCUUCAUGUCGUACAUCACCAAGAAGCCUGUCCAGGAACUAGCUGCCUCCGGCCCAGGCUUGGCGUUCUUGGCCUACCCCCAGGCCGUGACUCAGCUGCCUAUGUCCUCCCUGUGGGCCAUCCUGUUCUUCUCCAUGCUGAUGAUGCUGGGGCUAGACAGCCAGUUCUGUACUGUGGAGGGCUUCGUCACAGCUCUGAUGGAUGAGUUCCCCAUGGUGCUGAGGAAGAGGAAGAAGGUCUUUAUCCUCGGCGUCUGUCUAAUCUCCUUCCUCAUUGGCUUCUCCAACAUUACACAGGGUGGUCUGUAUGUCUUCAAGCUGUUUGAUUACUACUCUGCCAGCGGGAUGUGCCUCCUCUUCCUCGUCUUCUUCGAAACCGUCUCGAUUUCCUGGUUCUAUG